CAGCAGCAGCUGGCGGACACGCGGCUGCGGUUCCUCAACGGCGUGCAGGCGGCGUACUGGAGCAUGCUGGAGGAGGGGCGUGUCAACCAGACGGCCGCCAUGCUGCUCAUGCAGGCCGUGGCCGAGGCCAUCGACCACACCGUGCAGGGCCGCCGCCUGCUGCUGUGGCCCGCCAUGCGGCCGCACGUGCGCAUGCCGCGCUACUUCCGCGCGCUGCACCGCGCGCUGCGCCCCCUGCUGCCGCAGCGCGCGCUCAACUGGGUGACGGUGGACCGCCUGGAGCUGGCCGCCUCCAUGUCCGCCGCGUACAUCCGCGCGCUCCGGCAGACCAGGCAGCAGCUGCGGGAGUUCCUCAAGGACAGCCCCAUCCUGGAGGCGGUGGUGCUGGAGAGCGAGGAGGAGGAGAAGGAGGCGAAGAAGUUUCUGGAGGACGUGCGCCUCAACGUGCCCGAGGUGCUGACGAUCAUCAAAACGAAGCAGGUGACGCACGCCAUCCUGCAGGAGCUGCACGGCUACGUGGAGAACCUCGACCACUCGGGGCUGCUGGACCAGAAAGAGGUCGUGCUGCUGCACAACGCCGUCACGGCGGACCUGAAGAAGCUGCAGCGCAGUCCGCCCUUUGUGGCCAUGCUGCCGGCGGAGGAGGUGUUGUUGCGGCAGCCGCUCAUCGGCGCGCUGCCGGUGGACAUCCGCCUGGCGCUGCUGCAGCCGCUCAAGGAGGCCACCAAGCUGUCCGACUCCACGCUCUUCCAAGAGGGGCAGCCCGCCGAGGGCGUCUGGCUCAUUGCCUCUGGCACCGCCAAGUGGACGUCCAAGGCAGCGGAGGCGGAGGCGGAGGCGCACGGGCAGCACUUGAUUCCGCCGCUGUUUGCGCACGGCAGCUCGGUGGGGCUGUAUGAGACGCUGCGCGGGUGCGCGCACCAGUACUCGGUGGUGGCGGACAGCGUGCUGCACUGCUUCUUCAUCGAUCGGCAGCGCAUCCUGGCGGCCAAGGACAGCAGCGACGCCAUCCAGGACUUCCUCUGGAAGGAGAGCUGUUUGGAGGUGGCGCGGGUGCUGCGCCCCAUGGAGUUCGGCGCCCUCUCCAUGCACGACCUGCGAGUGCUCUUCGCUUCCUCCGCCCGCCUGCUCACCAUCGCCCCCCACACCGCCAUCCACCUGGCGCCCUGCGAGGUCGCGCUGCUGCUGCUGGGGGCCGUGCGCCUGCCGGGGGAGGGGGUUGAGGGCGACGGGGGGGAUGGUGGUGGGGCAGCAGGGAGGGCGAGAGGGGGAGGGAGAGGAGAAGGGCGGGCGUGUUGACGAGCUGCCAGCUGCUGAUGCGUGGGGCAGCCCUCAAGGGGCAGCGGCCAAUCAGCCUGCAGCAGCGGUCAGCCGUCAGAUGACUCCCCACGCUGGGUCCCCCGCCGCCGCUCCUCUUGCGCCCGCGUCGUCCCCGCCAGCUGUACCACCCAUCUCCCCUCCUCAGCGCAUGGCGCUAGGUGCUUUCUCCGCCGACAGCGCUGGCAACCACAGCAGCCGGGAGGGCAGCGUGAACGGCAACAUGACGGAGAGCAGCUUUGAGGACAAGGCAUCCGUGUCGGUGUCAGUGUCGGUGUCCGCCAGCAUGUCGGACGUGCCUGAUGGCGGGCCUGAUGGCAGGCCACACGCGCAGUGGGCAGGCAAGGAGGCGGAGGGGCAGGCGGCGCGCAAGGUGAGGAGCGAGGGCGGGGAGCAGGGCGGGGCCAGCAGCGGCAGCAGGGGCGGCUUCUUCAGAACGAGGAGCGAGGUGCUCAAGAGCGGGUUCAGGAGUCUUUCCAAGGGCAGUCAGCGCCUCGUGCGCGCCAUAAGCUCCAAGGACCGCGAUGGUGACAGGGGCGGGUGGCAGAGCGGCAGGGAGGGGGGGGCAGCCGGGAGGAGAUGGAGCUGGGGGUGAUAGUGGAGGACGGCCGGAUCGUGAGCAUCAACGCGCCCGCGUACCUCACCCCGCAGCCCACCACGGCUGGUGA